UUAUUUUUAUUAUUUAUUCUCUUCCUCCCACCUCUAUGCUGUUGGGGCCCAACGGAGCCCUUUUCCUGCUGAUGCAUUCACCCCAUAUGUGCCUUAAGUGUUGGCUGACAACUCACAGCUGCCCCUGCCAAUAACUGAUGGGAAAUGAGGGUGUGGGAGAGAAGGGAGAGGGUACAAAAGACUGGCUUUCCUGUGGUGCCUAACUCUGUGGUGCAAUUUAUGCAGUUACCUGUGGGAUGGGGCUGAAGCUAGUUUCCACUUGAGGCCACUCUCCUGCUUACUUUAUAGUUUCCCCGCCCUGUUUCACUCACACCGUUCUCCUGAGAGCACUUCCCCAAUAAAUCACUCAAACAAGAAUUCUCAUCUCUGGCUCUGCUUCUGGGAACCUGACCCAUAACACCCUAGGUAAGCUUCACGGGGGACUACCUUGUUCGUUCCCUUACAUCAAAUUCCUAUCUCCAGCUCUGCAGAGCUGUGCCUGGAACACAGCAAACACUCUAUACAUGUGUUGCAUGAAUACAGGGAGAGCCCAGAGUCCGCUUUAUGGCUAGACUGUAGGCACCCCUUCUGUCCUGGGCUAGUCUGGCCUGGAGGCAUUGUGAGUCAUAGCUGGUGGAGAGCAGCUGAGUGGUUCAGACAUGGGGCCAGGCCUGGGACAGCAGCUCAGCACCUCCAACACAUCCUCCAGCAGUGUCCCUGGCUCGCCUUCAUCAUUCCGGACGCCGGGACUCCGGAGGCAAGGGCGCAGCCCCGGUCGUCCACGUCCUCGAGGCUCGGCACCUGGCACCCGCGCACCCGACACGGCCCACUCGGCCCUCGCCCUGGAGGCCUUCAGGUGCCCCGCCUCGGGCCACGCCGGCCGCCUGUGGGAGCAGUUCCGGCAGUUCUGGGCCGACCACGUCUCGCGGCGCUUCUCGCCGCGGCGCCCGCCGCUGCGCCGCAUCUCCUCCAUGUCCACCUUCUACCUGCUGGACCACAGGACGCGCCAGGCCGAGCUGGGCCUCAGCUACGGCGCGCCGCGCACGCGCCUGAGCGACGAGGCCUUCGUGUUCCGUGGCGGCCGGUGGGCCGCCGAGGGGCUGCCGGUGCGGUCGCGGCCGCCGCUGUCCUCGCCGACCAUCUCGGGCUGGAAGCGGCCGGUGCAGCGGGGCAAGAGCCAGGUGCUCCUGGAGGAGAACAACUACCUGAAGCUGCAGCAGGAACUGCUCAUGGACAUGCUGACUGAGACUACGGCGCGCAUGCACCUGCUGGAGAAGAAGCUCGGCACCCAGGCCAGCCCGGCGGCCGCGGCGCGCGCCUGGCAGAGGAAGAUGCGUAAACGCGAAGGCGCGAGCGGCGUGCUCAUGAUCGAGCCGCGCGCUCUGGAGUCGUUCUGA